CUUCCUUCAUACCUAUUGGCGACGCGUUUGGAAACAAGACAAACAUAGCUUUUUUUCUAAACACGUGGCUCCCGAUGCUUCCAGCGGCUGCAGAAACGAUGAUGUCAUCGCUAAUUGUUCAGCAAAAAGCGAAGAAUUAUUCCCCCGUCGGAAAUUUCCUGCAAGUGCAACGCCAAAUAUGCAAACAGUGGAACGAAACGGACACGGUGCUUCACGAUAUGGAGAGAUACAUGUUCACACACGCAAUCUGCAGCACAAACUUUACAGCCGUCAUUCAAGAACUGAUGGCAGAUUCAAACACCGUAAAAGACGUGGAGACGACUCAAGAAGCGAAACAUUUUGCCUGGGAAAUGUACACUUUGAUCAAGAAACUCACAACUACGAAGGGAUCGCUCGUGAAUUCCACGAGUGAACGACAUUCCAUGAACGACGACUUCACCUUCCUCUCGCCGUGGGAGACCUUUAACAUCAACCGCGCUCUGUUGGACGCACGGACGUCCGACAGUGCCACCGUUAAGAAAGGAAUUGUGGCCCUCAUUCAGAUGAGAAAACUCUUGGGUUUCUUGGACGACAAGACUGCGUGGGAAACGUUGUCAAAGUUCACAAAGUUGUUGAUCGCAAGAGGUCAGCUUAGCGCUGUGCAACUGUCGGAAGAAAUCGGAAAGUUCUAUCACUACGCAAUGCUUGCUUCGGAAUCCAGAACAGAAGAUGCGGAUUUGCUAGUGAGCAUUUUCACUAUGGACAAGUGGAAGGACUACAAAGAGACUAUGAAAGCCGUCAACGCUAGCCAGGUUCGAGACCGCGUCAGUAUGGACACUGAAUGGAUCGAGCAAAUGCCAGAAGCAAAACUCGCUUUCUCACUCGAGGAAAUGGACAGGCUUGCCGAAGAGAUGACCGCGGGUUAUCAGAGUGACGGCAACGACACGGUGAGACUCGUGAACGACGAACAAGUCAGCGCGACGGUGACGACAUUCCUAGAUGGCUAUGCGAGCAGGCCCAUGCACAGCGCAAUGCGUCUAUUUCUAAGCAUGAUGUGGAUGGUGCAUCAGAAUGCGAGCAACGCGCCUCUGUGGAAUUCCGCGGUACCUGCACUGCUAGACCUCGCUGCGAGCCUCAACUCCUACUUCGAGCAAUGCAAGUCCUCUCUUUCAUGUUGCAUGCGGACAGGUGUCAUCAUAAUCAUCAUUACCAUGAUCAUCGCCAUCAUUGCCAGCCUAUUCCACUGCAGGAUAAAAACCUGCAGUUCAUAUAAAAUAGGCCGAUAAUGGUAUGUAUCAGGGUUCUGCAGCUGAAAUCAAGUACACUGAGGUCAAACGCGUGAA